AGAUGGUGGACGAGCCAAUUGAGGAGGAGGAAGAGAAGAAGGAUGAGGCAGCCGAGGAGAAGAAAGAUGAGGAUGAAGAUGAGGAGGAAGAAGGAAAGGUUGAGGAAGAGAAGGAGGAAGACAAGCCAAAGACCAAAAAAGUGGAGAAAACAACUUGGGACUGGGAACUCCUUAACAGUAGCAAACCUAUUUGGACUAGAAAACCUGCAGACAUUGCAUCUGAUGAGUACGAUGACUUCUACAAGGCUAUAAGCAGAGAGAGUGAUGCCCCUCUGGCUCACACCCACUUCACAGCCGAGGGUGAGGUGACCUUCAAGUCCAUCCUCUUCAUCCCCAAGACCUCCCCACCCGAUACCUUCCAGAGUUACGGGAAGAAGGUCGAUAAUAUCAAGAUGUAUGUUCGACGUGUUUUCAUCACAGAUAAUUUUGAAGACAUGAUGCCAAAGUAUCUGUCCUUCAUUCGCGGUGUCGUAGAUUCUGACGAUCUGCCCCUGAACGUGUCACGUGAAACCCUGCAGCAGCACAAAUUGCUCAAGGUUAUUAAGAAGAAACUUGUGCGUAAAACACUGGACAUGAUCAAGAAGAUUGGAAAGGAGGAUUUUGAUAAAUUCUGGAAAGAGUUCAGCACAAACAUCAAACUUGGUGUUAUUGAGGACCACUCUAACAGAACUCGUCUGGCCAAACUGCUCAAGUUCCAGUCCUCCAACUCUGAAACUGAAAUGACAACUCUUGCUGAGUACACAGAGAGAAUGAAAGAGAAACAAGAGGCCAUUUUCUUUGUGGCCAGCACAAGUAGAGAAGAGGCUGAGAAGUCUCCAUUUGUGGAACGUCUCCUGAAGAAAGGUUAUGAGGUCCUCUUCCUCGUGGAACCCAUCGACGAGUACUGCAUACAGUCUCUGCCAGAGUUUGACGGCAAAAAGUUCCAGAAUGUCGCCAAAGAAGGCUUGAAGCUGGAUGAGUCUGAGAAGGCCAAAGAGAGAAAGGAAGCCCUGGAGAAAGAAUUUGAACCCCUAACAAAAUGGCUGAAAGAGAAGGCUUUGGCUGAUAAAAUUGAAAAAGCUGUGAUUUCGGAUCGUCUUGACCAGUCACCAUGCACCCUGGUGGCCAGUCAGUAUGGCUGGUCUGGUAACAUGGAGAGAAUUAUGCAGGCACAGGCUUACGCUAAAGCCAAAGAUCCUUCUCAAGAAUUCUAUGCAUCACAGAAGAGAACACUGGAAAUCAAUCCCAGGCAUCCUCUCAUGAAGGAACUCAAGAGUAAAGUGGAGGCAAAUGAGGAUGACCAAACUGCUAAAGAUUUGGCAGUGGUCAUGUUUGAGACUGCCACUCUGCGGUCGGGUUACGCCCUCAAGGACACGGCAGGGUUUGCUGAGAGAGUGGAGCGCAUGAUGCGCCUCAGUUUAGACAUUUCAUUGGACGAAAAGGUUGAAGAGGAACCAGAGGAGGAGGAAGCAGAAGAUGCAGGUGGAGAUGAAGAGGUUGAUGCUGAUGGUGAAGAGGAAGACAGUCAGCCAGCAGCCGACGAAGAUGCCAAAGAUGCAGAAGAAACAGAACAGAGGUGCACGGCGUGCGGGCGUAAGCUACUGUGGGUAGACGCCGAGCAAAAUGUUCCGCCACAAAAGCAACAGAAGACCCCACCCAAAGUCCAACCCAAAGUCCAACCAAAAGUCCAACCAAAGGUUCAACCCAAGAUUCAACCAAAGGUUCAUCCAAAAGCUCAACCGAAGGUCCAACCAAAGACACAACCAAAAGUUCAACCAAAUAUCCCCCAGCAACCUAUACUGAAAACUAAACCAAUCAAAAAGCCAGCAAUAGACAAAUCGAAAGACACGGACGGAGACGGGAUUCCAGAUUACUUGGAUGAUGAUAUUGAUGGUGAUGGCAUUCCCAACGAUCAGGACGACGAUGAUGAUGGCGACGGGAUUCCAGACGUUAAAGAGAGAGAUUCCGAUGGAGAUGGGAUUCCAGACUAUCUUGACACUGACGAUAAAGUGAGAGACACAGAUGGAGAUGGAAUCCCAGAUUAUUUAGACGAUGACAUUGAUGGCGACGGAAUACCAAAUGACCAAGACGACGAUGCCGAUGGUGACGGCAUACUUGAUGAGCUGGAAAAAGACACGGAUGGAGACGGAAUUCCAGACUAUUUGGACGAUGACAUCGAUGGAGAUGGGAUUCCAAACGAUCAAGAUGAUGAUGAUGAUGGUGACGGGAUUCCUGACUACCAAGAGGCAGUCCGCGUCAAACCUACCGUAAAAGUGCAACCAAAAUUGCGGAAAACUGCCUCGACAGUCAACAAGGGAAAAGAUUCUGAUGGCGAUGGAAUUCCAGAUUGGAUGGAGAAAGAUUCUGACGGAGAUGGAAUUCCCGAUUAUUUAGACAAAGACGAUAAAGUAAGAGACACAGACGGAGACGGAAUUCCAGAUUAUCUUGACGAUGAUAUCGAUGGCGAUGGUAUUCCGAAUGAUCAAGAUGACGAUGACGACGGUGAUGGGAUUCCAGAUGAAUUUGAAAAAGACACUGAUGGUGAUGGAAUUCCAGACUAUCUAGAUGAUGAUAUUGAUGGAGAUGGCAUACCCAACGAUUUAGAUGACGAUGAUGACGGUGAUGGUAUUCCUGAUAGCGAAGAAAAAGUGAGGUUCGACAGAAAGAAAGACACAGAUGGAGAUGGCAUUCCAGAUUAUCUUGAUGAUGACAUUGAUGGUGAUGGAAUUCCAAACGACUUGGAUGACGAUGACGAUGGAGACGGGAUUCCGGAUGAAUUUGAAAAGGACACGGAUGGAGACGGAAUUCCAGACUAUCUUGAUGACGACAUUGACGGAGAUGGCAUACCCAACGAUUUGGACGACGACGACGAUGGUGAUGGAAUUCCUGAUAGCCAAGAAAAAGUGAGGUUCGACAGAAAGAAAGACACGGACGGAGACGGCAUUCCAGACUAUUUGGACGACGAUAUUGAUGGAGACGGAAUUCCUAACGACCAGGACGAUGAUAAAGACGGAGAUGGCAUUCCGGAUUGGAUGGAGAAAGAUUCUGACGGAGACGGUAUUCCCGAUUACUUAGACAAAGACGACAAAGUGCGAGACACAGACGGGGAUGGUAUUCCAGAUUAUCUUGAUGACGACAUUGAUGGCGAUGGAAUACCCAAUGACAUAGACGAUGAUGACGAUGGUGACGGCAUUCCCGAUGAACUUGAGAAAGACACUGAUGGAGACGGAAUUCCAGAUUAUAUGGACGACGACAUUGAUGGAGACGGAAUUCCUAAUGACCAAGAUGAUGAUGACGACGGGGACGGAAUUCCAGACAGCCAGGAGAAAGUAAAAUUUGUAAAGCCAAAACAUAACAUGAAGGUUAAACCGGGACUGAAGGUAAAGCCUGGAAAAACAAGGAGGCAAACGGUAGAUAAAACAAAAGAUGCUGAUGGAGACGGAAUACCCGACUGGAUGGAAAAAGACACCGACGGAGAUGGUAUUCCAGAUUAUCUAGAUGACGAUGAUAAAAACAGAGACACAGAUGGAGACGGAAUUCCAGAUUAUCUAGAUGACGACAUAGACGGAGAUGGGAUACCCAACGACCAAGAUGACGAUGAUGACGGAGACGGGAUUCCGGAUUGGAUGGAAAAAGAUUCCGACGGAGAUGGCAUUCCCGAUUAUUUAGACAAAGACGAUAAAGUACGAGACACCGACGGAGACGGAAUUCCAGACUAUCUUGAUGAUGAUAUUGAUGGCGAUGGUAUUCCCAACGACCAAGAUGAUGAUGACGACGGUGACGGAAUUCCCGAUUGGAUGGAAAAGGAUACGGACGGAGACGGGAUUCCAGAUUAUUUAGAUGACGAUAUCGAUGGAGAUGGGAUACCUAACGAUAAAGAUGAUGACGACGAUGGAGAUGGUAUUCCCGACAACAAAGAGAAAGUAAAAUUUGACAAUAGCAAAUUCAUGAAGUUAAAGUUGAAAAUGAAACAGAAACAAGCACAAAAAACAAAACCAGGGAAGUUAAAAAGACAAACGGUAGAUAAAACAAAAGAUGCUGAUGGAGACGGAAUUCCUGACUGGAUGGAAAAAGACACCGACGGAGAUGGUAUUCCAGAUUAUCUAGAUGACGAUGAUAAAAACAGAGACACAGAUGGAGGAAUUCCAGAUUAUCUAGAUGACGACAUAGACGGAGAUGGGAUACCCAACGACCAAGAUGACGAUGAUGACGGAGACGGGAUUCCGGAUUGGAUGGAAAAAGAUUCCGACGGAGAUGGAAUACCGGAUUACUUAGACAAAGAUGAUAAAGUACGAGACACCGACGGAGACGGAAUUCCCGACUAUUUAGACGAUGAUAUCGAUGGCGAUGGUAUUCCCAACGUCCAAGAUGAUGAUGAUGAUGGAGACGGAAUUCCCGAUUGGAUGGAAAAGGAUACGGAUGGAGACGGGAUUCCAGAUUAUUUAGAUGACGAUAUCGAUGGAGAUGGGAUACCUAACGAUCAAGACGACGAUGACGAUGGUGACGGUAUUCCCGACAGCCAAGAAAAAGUGAAAUUUGACAAAAGCAAAAUAUUGAAACAGGGAGUGAAGACAAAUCCAAAACCUGUCCGUAAAACUAAACAAGCACCAAGUAAACUAAAGAGGCAAAUGGUAGACACGAAAAAGGAUGCUGAUGGAGACGGAAUUCCGGACUGGAUGGAAAAAGACACCGACGGAGAUGGUAUUCCAGAUUAUCUAGAUGACGACGAUAAAAACAGAGACACAGAUGGAGACGGAAUUCCAGAUUAUCUAGAUGACGACAUAGACGGAGAUGGGAUACCAAACGACCAAGAUGACGAUGAUGACGGAGACGGGAUUCCAGACAAACAAGAAAAAGAGUACAAAGUAAAACGUACACAAAACCUUAAAGUAAAAACCCCACCACCUUCUGGAAUAGAUAAAACAAAAGACACUGAUGGCGAUGGAAUCCCGGAUUAUUUAGAUCAAGAUGAUGACGGAGACGGUAUUCCAGAUUUAAUGGAGAAGGACUCCGAUGGUGACGGUAUUCCGGAUUAUCUAGACACUGACGACAGGGUAAGAGAUACUGAUGGAGACGGUAUUCCGGAUUACUUGGAUGAUGACGAUGACAACGACGGCAUCCCGGAUGACAAGGAUGACGAUGCCAAUGGUAACGGGAUUCCAGAUGAGCUAGAGAAAGACACGGACGGAGAUGGGAUUCCAGAUUACCUAGAUGACGAUAUUGACGGCGACGGAAUUCCGAACGAUCAAGAUGAUGAUGAUGAUGGCGACGGCAUACCAGACAGUCAGGAGAAAAUAAAAUUUGACCGUUUUAAAGACACAGACGGAGAUGGUAUUCCAGAUUACUUGGAUGAUGACAUUGAUGGCGACGGCAUCCCCAACGAUCAGGACGACGACGAUGACGGAGAUGGCAUUCCCGACGAACUAGAGAAAGACACAGACGGAGACGGGAUUCCAGAUUACUUGGAUGAUGACAUUGAUGGCGACGGCAUCCCCAACGAUCAGGACGACGACGAUGACGGAGAUGGCAUACCAGACCGUCUGGAGAAAAAGCAAAAACAAGUCAAACCUAUCACAGGAAAGAAACCACCAAUCUCCAAAACAAAAUUAAAGCCAAAGGUUUCGGUAAAAGAUCAGAUAGACAAGACUGUUGACACAGAUGGCGACGGUAUCCCAGAUUACUUGGAUGAUGACGAUGACAAUGACGGGAUCCCAGACCAUCUUGAUGACGAUGAUAAUGGUAACGGAAUCCCAGAUCACUUGGAGAAAGACACGGAUCAUGACGGCAUACCGGAUUAUCUAGACAGCGACGCCAAUGGCAACGGUAUCCCGGAUUACAUGGAGAAAGACUCAGAUGGAGACGGCAUACCGGAUUACCUGGACACUGAUGACAAGGUACGCGACACAGAUGGAGAUGGGAUUCCAGAUUACCUCGACCCUGACGACGACAAUGACGGGAUUCCAGACGAGGAUGACCCUGAUGCCAACGGGAAUGGCAUCUUGGACAUUUACGAGGUGGACACAGACGGAGACGGAAUUCCAGAUUUCUGGGACGACGAUGACGAUAACGACGGUAUUCCUGACAUUAAAGAUGAUGAUGCCAACGGAAAUGGAAUACCUGAUAAGCUGGAGAAGGACAGCGACGGCGACGGGAUCCCUGACUACCUGGAUGACGAUGAUGAUAAUGAUGGCAUACCGGAUGAUCAGGACCCGGACGCUAAUGGCGACGGAAUAUUGGACAUCUAUCAGAUAGACACAGACGGUGAUGGAAUUCCAGAUAUUCUGGACCUUGACGAUGACAAUGAUGGCAUCCCAGACUUCCAAGAUGAAGACGAUAACGGUGACGGAAUUCCAGACGCCAUGCAGAGAGACACAGACGGUGACGGAAUUCCGGAUUACUUGGAUGAGGACGAUGACAAUGACGGUAUACCAGACAGCGUAGAUACAGACGAUGAUGGCGAUGGUAUUCCGGAUUCAAUGGAAGGUCGGCUGAGGGAAAAAAUUGACAAGACUCUGGAUUCUGAUGGAGAUGGGAUCCCUGACUACUUAGACGAUGAUGACGAUAAUGACGGUAUUCCGGAUGACCAGGAUGAAGAUGCCAACGGUAACGGAAUUCCAGAUAUUUUGGAAAAAGACACGGACGGGGACGGGAUUCCAGACUAUCUGGAUGACGACAUUGAUGGAGAUGGGAUCCCUAAUGAUGAUGACGACGAUGCUGAUGGAGAUGGCGUGCCAGAUGCAAAAACUGGAAUCAAAAUUGACAGACACAAAGACACGGAUGGGGACGGUAUCCCGGAUUAUCUAGAUGACGACGAUGACAACGAUGGAAUUCCUGAUUAUCUCGAUCUAGACGCUAACGGUAACGGUAUCCCCGACAGAUUAGAGAGGGAUAGCGAUGGAGACGGAAUACCGGACUACCUUGAUCCUGACGACGAUAACGAUGGCAUACCGGAUGAUAAGGAUCCUGAUGCAAAUGGCAAUGGGAUACUAGAUAUCUACGAAAUGGACACCGAUGGCGAUGGAAUCCCUGACUAUCUGGACCCAGACGAUGACAAUGACGGAAUUCCGGACGAAGAGGACGAUGAUGCAAAUGGUAAUGGUAUCCUGGACAUAUACGAAAGGGAUCUUAAUGGUGAUGGAAUUCCAGAUAUCCUCCAAAAAGACAGUGACGGGGAUGGGAUCCCAGACGCGUUGGAUGAUGACGCUGAUGGAGACGGUAUUCCAGACAAGUUGGAAAAGGCAGGCAAAGGUGGAAAGCCAGACAAGCUAAAGGACACGGAUGGCGAUGGCAUUCCAGACUAUCUUGAUGAUGACGACGAUGGCGACGGAAUUCCAGACAGUGAAGACGAUGAUGACGAUGGCGACGGAAUUCCGGACAAGGACGAAGCUCAGCAACAAUGUGACAAAGAUAGCUGCAGCACGAUAACCAACAGAAAAGAAAAGUACAGAAGGAAAGAUGGCGCCAAAGAAGAAGACGUACCGCAAUCUCUAGUUGGAAGACUUGUAAAUAGUGUCCAAAAGGUGUUCGGUGGCGGUGAUACUGAGGACGAUGAUAAAACCAAUGAAAAAUCAGAAUCGGCAAAGUCGUCUGCUAAAAAGGACAAAGACAGUAACGAUGACGACAGUGCAGAAGAAAUCGACUUAGGCGAACUUAUUUCUGCUGCAAUUUUUGGCAAAGCAGAUAGUAAGAAAGACGAAAAACAAAGAUCGUAACGUUUAAUUACAUAAACGUACAAAGUUACUUGUAAUUAUUUCUCAAAAAGACCAAAUAUUAAUUGAAAUAAUUUGAAUAGCUGCCACCACCACGUAAGGUAUAUUAAAAAUAAAGAUAAAGGUUAACGUUAUUAGAAGAGAACAGUUCUUCAACUUAUUCAGUGGCACGUUACAUGAAACAAAUAUUGCUCUGUGAAUUUCAGACAGCCUUGACCUGUUUUAUUUGACACGGGGUGAAUUAGUUGGCGUCUGUUUAAAGUAAGCAUCUAGGUUUACUUCAAAGGAGAAUAGGGCAGAACUACACCCCAAACUGUCUGUCUGCUUAUUGAAAUAAGGCCCUAGAAGAGCAAUACAGGUAUUUUGCGAAACAACUCUUUGAGGUUGGGUGAACAUUAAGAUAUUUAUUAGCAUUAAGAUAUAAGGAAACGUGAAGGUAUUUGUUGACGUUAACAUGAAACCAGAAUUGUUAAUAGUGAUAAUUUAUAACUGUAUUCUAAGUUUUUAGAACUUAACAACUGCAUAAGUCGCAUCGAAAACGCGGUGAAAAUCCCGUAGUGAUAGAAUAUAUUGCGUCGGUCUUUAGAGGCUUAUUUUAUAGACGUGAGAAUGUUAGACUUGCUAGUCCUUUUAAGGCAUGCAGUAUAUUGUAUUGGGUAUGUACAUGCUUCUAAAUUAUGUUUUUUCCAGUGGAUUUCAAAGUAAUUUUUGCAUAUUGUUGUUGGAAUAAAAGGUCGCGUCUAGCACCGUUUAAGUCAAAUCUUAUCACCGAGUAGCGCAAAAAAGUUCAUGAUUUGUUGACAUCAAUCCACGAACUCAUGUCCUAGUCAGAUUGGCGGCACCAUUGAGGAAGGGCUACCUGAAAAGUGGCUCUCCCUUCAGACCCGCUCCUGCAGUUUCAACUUACCUGAAACGGUGUUUGAAACGGCCGAAUGUGAACUUAAAGUGCAGAAGUUUAGAUGACAUAGUUCAAGUUAACUGUCGCUCAAUAAAAUGCAAUUAGCCAUUUUAGCUUUUUUUUAUUCAGCAUGAAUUGGUCUGAUGGCGGCGCUGUUAAAGGUUUGUUUUUAUUAUGGGAUAUCUAUUUUUAAGAUAUGUAAAUAUUCAAAGCAGAUUUGAUGUCGGGUUGUUAAGCAUACAUCGAGAAAUAAUUACAUGCAAAACUUACUGUAGGGCUAAGUUUUUAUCAGACGACGGCGAUGUUGUCAGGACUUACAUCUAUAUCAUUUAAGAAUCACUAUGUCAUUUUUUGCGCAUCAUUCUUAGGCAUUUUGCCUGUGCCCAACAUAACAUCAAAAUUAAAGAUGAACCUACAUCUUUUUAUAGAGAUUAUAAAUGUGUUAUUAAACUUUGUGAACUAAAAAACCGUAAAUACAGUUUGAGUUGUAUAUAUGGUUACCCUAUAAAUUGUUUACUACAAUAUAUACACAUAUAUAAGUAGACUAAUUGUAUCCUGCUUGGGUAUACUUCAGCCUACUUAACAUUUAGAUCCAUCUAUACCAAUAUCUAUAUAUAUUGUGAACUUUUUAUACACUAACGGGCGCAAGAUAUUUAACGAGUCAAGACGUUAGCUGAUAAAUAAGAUGUUAUUUGCCUUUUAUCAUUAUUAUUAUCAUAAUUAUUGUUGUUGUUGUUGUCCAUUUACAUUUAAAUCCAUCUACAGGCAUAUUUGAUUAAAAUAUGAAUACUAGUUUAAGUAAUGCUUACAGAUUAGAAGUCAAUUUAUAGUAUACAAUAUCCAAUAAGCUUAUAAGAAGACUCAAAUGGACAUCGAUAGCAGUCCAGUUUUCCUUAGGCUAGGCCCAACACUUUAUUUGUUAAUAAAAAUUAAGUAAAAUGGAUGUUGUCGUAGGGUUUUUACAAGAGAUGUCUCUAUAUGUCCUUGGUUAUUUUCUGGUGAGGAUUGAAUAGCUUAUGGGGACGACUCGUUGUUAGUGGCGGAGUGCAAUAUACAAACUAAUAAAUUAAGACAUUUGUCACUUUAUUGUCGACUACUGUAGUAUCGAAUCAACAUCAUGUUCUUUUCUACUUUGUAAGAAAGCAAAUAGCGGUAGUAUGUUGAAAAAUAUUAUGAUAUAGACUUGUUAUAGAGGUUGUGAUAUUACUUUCAGGAAGAUCGUUUUUUUUUCAUGGCGUCCUUCCAAUCGAUAAUACCUACUUUACAGAAAAAAUAAACAAUUGCUAAAAGCAUCUAUUU